AAUUGAAGCGUACGGUUGUGUUUCUUUCUUUCGAUUCUUUCGCCCGGGAAAGCGGGCGUGCUGUCGACAUAUUUUUCCAAUUAAAAGCCGCUCGAUUUCGGGUUCAACAGGUCGUACGAAAACAGAAUCCAUAAAUGUUUGCUUCCGGAGUAGAUAUGAUUGAGCCGCAAGAUUCGUAACAGUUCGCAGUGAAGUGAAGGAAAAAGAAAAGAGUUUGGGUUUACGAAACUUCCGGAGGCAGCAAGUGAUCCAAACACAAGCAGUGAUCAGUUAAAGAAAGUAUUCAUUGACAAGCAGAUUCCUUUCCCCUGCGCCUAUACUACGACCGCCUAUACUUCAGUUGGAACGGAUACAAUCCUGCGAACCGUUUCGAGGCCACUGCGGAGUACCCAACGAAUUGGAACGUGUUUAAAGAACACAACCGCUAUCCACUGAGCGCAGUCUUCUCUUCUCUACCCUCUCUGCACAGAACCGCGGGCAACCGUCGUCGUCACCGUGGAGCAAAAACACAGCCAAACCGUAACCGGCAAGAAGAUGGCGGCCAGCACGGGCGACAUUUGGUUGCAGUGGUUCUCGUGCUGCUUCCAUCAGCCGCAGAGCCCCGGCCGUCGAAGACACCAUCAACGGCUGCGGAUCGACCGCUCCAUGAUCGGGAAUCCGACCAACUUUGUCCACACGGGCCACAUUGGUUCGAACGAUGUCGAGCUAUCGACGAACCAUCUCUCCGCCAUACAGAAUCAGAUGCAGAGUAAAGGUGGAUACGAGAUGAACUCGCUCAGGUUACAAACCUGUUGAUACUUGUUGGUGUGAAACCAAGCAGCUUACUCGCCUGCCUGAGCCCGAUUGCCGUUCGACGCUCUGACCUGUGCCCUGUUUACUUUCCAUCCGUGCCUUAAAAAUACAAGCAACGACUAACGAAAUACGUUCAACGUUCAACGAUGUUUGAGCAUCAGCAUAAGCAUUGACCCAAGGUGACAUAUCAACGGCGUGUGUGCGAUGGACAAGAAUUCUACUUUCUGGCAACAUGAGGGCGUCAGGUUCCACAAGCACUUUCAAUCGUGCAACUGUAUAUAUUGAGUCUGUAAAUAGUUUCACUAUCGCUCGCGAUUAAUUUAAGAACGCAUUUGGCUAAUGUUUGUGAACGAUCGGUAUAAUAUUAAGACCCAAAGGGGGGGGGCAGCAAUGAAAACUGUCGCUGCCGGCACUACGAACCAGAGACGAAACUUUCUGAAAAACGGUAGCAAACCAGACAUGGGGAAGUUGGAAAAUAGUGGCUGCAGUGCUGUAGUGAAAUGGGAACUGAUCGAAACAAGUAAUACAGCAGCAUGUUUGCGUUACUCAUGCGCGACACAAUUUAACUGAUGAUGUAGUUUUGUAAGUGAGAACCAACUGACCGGACGGUGUUGAGAAACCGAAACUGUGCUAACAAUUUAUGGAUAUUAAA